GACAGUUGGGGUAAAGGCCUCUUCUUUGUCGUGGCGGUAGACAGGUCCCUUGCUUUUGGGGCGCCUCCUCUCUGUACGCUCACUUUAUCAGGCAUGGGCAGACAGGGUGUCGCUUGUUUGUUUAUAGGGACAGCCAGAGGCCCUCUGUGGGGUAGACAGAGCCCUUGGCUUUGAGACUCUGGUCAUCAGACUAGAAUAUGAACUUUUUGCAGACCCAUCUCUUCAGAUCUUCCUGGCACUCUUGCCCGAUGUCAGAGCAUCCUGCCUGUGGGGAGCCCUGUGUUCCCAGCUAGGAGGCUCCAGCUCUGCCACUAAAGGACAGAUUCCCCAAAGGUGAUUACACUGCAACCCUUAGGACCAAGCCUCCUAAUUCCAGCUGCCAACCACUGUCAUCCCUAUGGAAUUAUUUCUAAAAAUUCUCACAGUUCAUAUGGAGAGACCAACUCCUUCUGGUUCUUGGCUUGUCGGCUGCUUCUUCACGAUAGCCGUCUUCCAGCUGCCUGCUCAGGGGUCAGGGGAUGCUGGCAAGGUCUACAUAGCCCCUCUUGGGGACACAGCCAAGUUGCCCUGCCCUCUCUUGCUGUGGCCAAGCAUGGUGCUCAGCGAGAUGAGGUGGUAUCGGCCCGGACACCUGCCUCACACCCAGGCUGUCCACGUGUUCCGGGAUGGGCAGGACAGAGAUGAAGACCUGAUGCCAGAAUAUAAGGGCAGGACAGCACUGGUGAGGGAUGCUCUCAAGGAAAGCUACACCCUGCAAAUCAGUAAUGUGAGGCUCGAGGACCGAGGGCUGUACCAGUGCCGAGUCUGGGUCAGAAACUCAAGUCGAGAGGACAACGUGACCCUGCAGGUGGCAGUUUUAGGGUCUGAUCCCUACAUCCAUGUGAAGGGCUAUGAUGCUGGGUGGAUCGAGCUGGUGUGCCGAUCGGUGGGAUGGUUCCCAAAGCCGUGGACUGAGUGGAGAGACACUACGGGUAGAACGUUACUCCCCCUUUCGGAGGUCCACUCCCUGGAUGAAACUGGGCUGUUCCGAUCGGCAGUGUCCAGCAGAAUCAGGGACAGCGCUCUAGGAAAUGUGUCCUGCACUGUCCGUAAUGAGGCCCUUGGGCAAGAGAAGACGACAGCCAUGGUUAUUGGAGCCCCAGAACGAGAAAGUCUGUCCUCUCCAGCGGUGGCUCUCUCUGUGGUCUUGCCCAUCCUGGGGCUCCUCAUCCUUGUUGGCAUUUGGCUCAUUUGUAAACAAAAAAAAUCAAAAGAGAAACUACUGUAUGAGCAAGUGAUGGAGGUAGAAAAUCUUCUGGAAGACCAUGCCAAAGAAAAAGGAAGACUCCACAAAGCCCUCAAGAAACUCCGGAGUGAACUGAAGUUGAAAAGAGCAGCCGCCAAUGCAGGCUGGAGAAGAGCCCGGCUGCAUUUUGUGGCAGUGACCCUGGACCCAGACACGGCACAUCCCAAACUCAUCCUGUCUGAGGAUAGGAGAUGUGUGAGGCUCGGCGACAGGAAGCGGCCUGUUCCUGACAACCCAGAGAGGUUUGAUUUUGUUGUCAGCGUCCUGGGCUCCGAGUACUUCACAACCGGCUGUCACUACUGGGAAGUGUACGUGGGCGAGAAAACCAAAUGGAUUCUUGGAGUGUGUAGUGAGUCUGUGAGCAGGAAAGGGAAGGUCACAGCCUCGCCUGCCAAUGGCCACUGGCUUGUGCGUCAGAGCCGUGGGAAUGAGUAUGAAGCUCUCACGUCCCCGCAGACUUCCUUCCGCCUCAAAGAGUCCCCGAAGUGCGUGGGGAUUUUCCUGGACUAUGAAGCCGGCAUCAUCUCCUUUUACAACGUGACUGAUAAGUCCCACAUCUUCACUUUCACCCACAGUUUCUCGAGCCCGCUUCGCCCUUUCUUUGAACCUUGUCUUCACGACGAGGGGAAAAACACGGCGCCUCUAAUCAUUUGUACUGAGCUUCAGAAAUCAGAGGAAUUGAUUGUCCCCAAACAAGAAGGAAAAGACCGUGCUAAUGGAGACGUGUCCCUGAAGGUGAACCCAUCCUUACUGUCCCCUCAUGGUUCUGAGUUAUUUCUGCUUAAUGAUACCUGGCCCUCUAACCUUGGCCCUGCCCUUAAGGGGCUUAAGGUUCCUUCUUUGUAGGGCUAUGCCCUGUACUCCUCUCUCUUGAGCACCCAGCCUGGCACUCUGAACUCAGGCUCCUGGACCAGCACCUGUUUCUCCAGUACCUCCUGGACCCCAAUCCAGAUCCUUCUGUGGUUUCUGCUUUUCUCCCAGGGCUCAGCUCUGAACUCAGCCUUUUUCUUGAGACUAGACAAUUCCAUUGACCUGGUAGAAGACUUUUUGAAAUAAACAAAACUGGUCGAGGUCUAGGAGGAGACCUUGAAUGUUACACAGGAGGACUCGGUUCAGGUCAGGGGGAAGGGCUCUCUCCCCAAGGGAACCUUGGCACUGGCUUCUUCUUGUCAGCCUGCUCAGUGGGCUCUCAGUUGUGAAGUUACAGCCCCCAGAUCCCAAUGUCUUCCACCAGAGACUGUUCUCCUUCCCCCAGUGAGGCCUCUAACUCCCCAUGCCAGCUUUUUACAAGUAUCUAUCUUGGGACUCACACAUCCUUUCUUCUUUGUUCAGGGUUAGAGACAGAGGGGUAAACACUCCAUGGUGUUCUGUUUUCUUCACGCUGUUUACAGCAGUUUGGAGACACCCAGGGCUGUUUUCAACAGCUAAUUUGAAAUGGAGACUUCCAGAAUGCACACGUUUUCAAGAAUUAAGUUACCUGCGUCAUGACAGGAACCAUAGUCCCAAAAAACCUGAACACAGGCUGGUAGGCACAGCUGUAACCAAAGCAAUCCAGCUGUGCAGCCCUGAGCAGAUGAGUCUCUCUGCAAUAUGUGGCUAUGGCCCUUCUGAAAACUUCCUGACAUUCAGAGAGGGCCAGUGAGAAAAAGUGGCAGUUUGAACCACUCACGUAUACCCACAAGAUUGUUAAGAAUUGACAACAGCCUCUGGGUCAGAGGGUAUUGAUUUCAGGAAAGUUGGUCUUGGUUUAAAUCUUACUGCCAGGUACGGUGGUGCACAUCUGUAAUCCCAGGUGGAUUGCUGUAAGAUAGAUCUGUGUAAAUUAUAGACCAGAUGGGUCUAUGUAGUAAGUUCUAGGAGAGCCAGAGCUGUGUGGGGAAACCCUGUCUCAAUGCCACCUCCUCAAAAUGAGAUAAGAUAUCAUAUUUGGAAGAUUAUAAGGUGAGAUAAUAAAAUAAUGAAUUCAGGCAUGGCUGGAAAGCUGGCUCAUCGAUUAAGAGCUCAUCCUGCUCUUGCAGAACCUGGGUUUGUUUUCUAGCAUCCGUAUUGGGGAGUUUACAACCACCUGCAACUCCAGAACCAGAGGAUGAGACUUCCUCUUCUAGCCUUCAAGGGCACCUGCAACUCAACAUACAUACCUACACAUCCACACACAUACUCACUCACACGCAUACACAUUCACUUUUUAAAUUAAAUACUUAAAUGAUGAAUCUGAGUUUUGGAUGUGGAUUAGGGAAAGAAGGCAAGGCACUUUCAAGUCAUACCCACGUAUGUGACUUGGCCUGUUUGUGGAGUUAUUAAUUACCGAUUUGCAGAUGGAAAGGCAGCUGGGCCCCACAGGAACUAGAUCUGCCACAGGCUCUUUUCAAUAGAGCCUGUAUUACUGUUCCCUAGAUAAAGAGAACCAAUUGUGUGUGUGUGUGUGUGUGUGUGUGUGUGCACACGUACAUACACACAUGCAGACACAGUAAGAGGUGGGGACAGAAAAUAAAUGAGACUGAAGUUGGCAGGCCAGAGUCCUAGAAGGAGGCAGGCUUUAGUUGCAGUCUAAGGCAGAGAAAGAAUUGAUAUCCCGUGUAAAGCCCGACAGGCAGCAGGACUCUUCUGAGAUCUUCCACUGAUUGGAUGACUCCACUGGAAUUAAGGAGGGUGACUGCUUUACUCAGGCUACGGAUUAGAUGCUAACCUUGUCUACACUCUUCUCACAAAGACACCAAAUGUGAUGUCUGACCAAGUGUCUGGGACCUUUGUGACGGGUCAAAGUCAUAUGUAAAAUUUGCCAUUACAGUGCCCAAAAGGAAUAUUUUGUUUGCCUUUGUACAGUUAUUAAAUAUACCCUUUAGUACUUAUUGCUUGGUAUGUGGUCUUCAUUAUGAAAGAGGUUGUGGAGAAAACACAUGGGGUUGGUUUCUGAGUAGCUCAGCAACCAUUCAAGCAAACUUUAGACAUCAUUCAUAAUAAACCCAGUUUUAUUCCUGA